AUGAUGGACUUCUUAACUCCGCAUGUUAUGCGCCCUACUUUCAAGGCUUCUGAAAUUAUGUACGAUAAUGGAAAAGACGCAGCCUUUGAGUACGUUGAAUUUCAAACUGGAAGCUUUGUUAUGAAGGGACUGCUAAUGAGAAGAAGUAUUUUUGCAAUUCAUGGACUCGGCUCAAAUCCUGAAACCGCUUGGGCUUAUCAGAGGAAUGAUUCUAGGGUGUAUUGGCUAAGAGACUUUUUGCCCAAGGCACGGGGACUCUCGGACAUCAGAGUCAUCAUGGUCAAUCAUCAAACACGAUGGGACUCAAAUACUGCUUAUUUGGGAUUUCAUGAUCAUGCAUCUGAACUUCUAGAAGAAAUCCAAAACUUGCACAGGGCCAAUCCUGAGCGCCCAAUCAUCUUUAUAGCACAUAGCUUUGGUGGAAUAUUGCUGAAGAAGGCAAGAUCGUCCUCAGAGUUGCUGGAGCUCCUGAUGAUAGAUGGUCCCGCCCUUCUAGACCUUGAAUCGGAAUUUUACGACGCAUAUGUAGACCGAUAUCGCUUUCGAGGGUUCCAGCCGUUUAUUUGCGAUUUCUAUGAAAUGAGACCAGAAAGGAUCGGCAAACUUGUUCUGGGCUCAAUGGUCGGGAAAAGUAACAGGCAGCCGCGUCAUGGUUUAGUCAAGUAUCUUGACACUGAUCAUCGUGGACUGAACAAAUUCCAAUCUCACGACGACCCAAAUUUCCAGACAUUUGUGACAGUUCUGCGUUGGGUGUUGGAUUACGCACUACUAGCCAAUAAUUCACCAGGGGACUUAUGCCCACAUCCAUCUAUUCCUGUUACCAACUCCGUACCUGUCACCGACUCUGUUCCUGUUACCAACAACGUACCAGUUGUCGAUGCUGUUUCUAUUACUGACUCGGUGUCUAUUAUUGAGGCGGUGCCCGUUGUUGAUGAUCUACCUGGAGACGAUGUCGUGCCUGUUACCGAUUCAGCGCCUGUUAACAAGACUAUACCUAUUGCCGGCACCGUGCUCGUUUCUCCGGCGCUGCCUGUUCCAAAUGCCGUGCCUAUUGCCGGCGUUCUACUACUUGUCGCUGAUGCCGUGCCUCCUGGCGCUGUACCUAUUGCUGGGAUUAUGCCUGUUACCAAUGCCGUUCCUGCCACCGAGGCUGCAUCUAUCUCUGGCACUGUACCUGUUACUAAGACUAUGCCUGUUGCUGACACGGUGUUUAUUGCCCCGGCAGUGCCUGUACCAAGCGUCGUACCAGUUGCCGGCUCCGUGGUUGUCACUGAGGUUAUACCCGCUGCUGCUAUACCCGCUGCUGCUAUACCUGUUGCCGGCGUUAUGCUUAUUGCUGAUGCCGUGCCUCCUACUGAGGCUGUGUCUACUUCCAGCUCCGUGCUUAUCCCCAACGCCAUACCUGUUGCCAGUUUCAUGCCAGCUACCAAGACUGAACCUGUUGCUGCGACUGUGCCUGUUGCCGCCGCUAUGCCUGUUGCCGGCGCUGUGCCUAUUGCUGUCAACUUGUCUGUGUUUGUGGCCAUACCUGCUACUGCGGCCAAGUCUAUUGCCAAGGCCGUGCCUGUUCUUCAACCAGUUGGCCUUCUUGAAAGAUUAGCAACAACGCUGCUCUAUAUAGUGUGGAUGGCACCGAAUGUAGUUUUUGUUGGAGCUCUUGCUGGCUUGCGAGAACUGUAUGUCUCUUGGCUGGAUGAGUACUACGAAAGUCACCGAAGCAGCAGUGCAACCUUACGGUUGGUUAUGAUAGCUGCCUAUGACACUCUCAUUAAUUUACCCCUUGGACAUUUCUUGAUCUGGGUUAUUGAGAAAACACCCAGUGGCCACACGAGUCUGUGGGUUAAGAUCUUACAGAUAAUUGUUAGCAAUAUAGUUAUUAACCUAUGUCAGAUCACCCCUAUCCAAAACUUUGUCUACCUGGCCGGUAUGGCCUACAUUGCUGGUGCACGGAACUACGACCAGUUCUACGGGAUAAUUCAGUCUCGCUUCUUUAAGCUUACAUGGAUAAACUGGUUCACAUUAUCUGGUUAUAAGUCAGAUGAUGUCAAAUUUUACAUAUCAUAG